AUUCCAAUUCCCGAAAUAUACGGAAUUCUCCAAGAGAAAGAUAGCAAACGCAGAUUCUUGUUCAUGUCCCGGGCCCCUGGUGAGCCUUUGGAUUCGAGAUGGGACUCUCUGGACAAGGCACAGAAGCCUUCCGUUCAAAUGCAGCUGGAUUCUAUGAUGCGCGACCUCAGGUCUAUACGCCUCCCACCAAGCAUGGACGGGGAUGCAGUGCUUGGUAAUGGCAAGCCCCGUCGCUGUAAAGAUGCCAGAACACAGAUGCGGGUUGCAUCAGAGCCCGUUAGCGACGAGCAUGGAUUUAACCGAUUUCUCACGUUCAACCCGCAACGGUCCGAGACCUGUACCAUAGGGAUGAUAAGAUCGCAUCUGGAAACCGAUCACAAAUCGAUGAUGACUCAUGGCGAUCUCCAUCCUCGGAAUAUCAUGGUGGCUCUCAAUCCACAGGCAGACUCUCCUGACAGUUCCGUCUCGAAGGUCUCAAUCACAGCUCUUCUCGACUGGGAGAUGUGUGGGCUGUACCCCGAAUAUUGGGAAUACGUGAAGGCCCUGCAUACCAUUUCUCCGGGGACUGGCUGCGAUGACUGGUGGGCCUACCUGCCUCAUAGCAUCGGUGUCUGGCCUAGAGAACAUGCGGUGGAUUUAAUGCUUUCGAGGUGGCACGGAUAA